AUGGACUGUGGAACUGGGGGAAAACGACAUGAUUUUCGACCAGCCACAGCGAUAAAGCCACAAAUCCUGGUAGACUUUGUGGCUCAAUUUAACCCUACCUUGCUCCCAGCUCUGGAGCAAGAAGUGCGCCUCCGGAGCGAAACAAAGGAAGAGGGAGAAUGGGUCCUGCAUGUCGACGGAUCCAGGAACAUCAGAGGACCCUGGGUAGGAAUAGUGCUUACCUCGCAGACAGGGAACACAGCCUCAAGGGCUGUGAGGUGCAACUUCAAAGGAACCAACAACGAAAGCGAGUACGAGGCCUUAAUCGCAGGGCUAACACCCGCCCAUCAAAUGGGGGCAGAAAACAUCCAGGUCUUCGGUGACUCCCAAGUGCAGGGAGAGUACCAAGCAAAUGACAAUAGCAUGAUCCAGUAUCUGGCGGUCGCCCAACGACUCAUCAAGAAAUUCAAGAGUUGCAAGCUCACUCAAAUCCCCAGGGAGAAGAAAUUGCAAGCCGAUGCCCUGGCUAAUCUAGGAUCCGCCCUCGAAACUUACAGCCAGAUGAGCAUCCCAUUGCUUGUGCUUCAAUUGCCAGCCAUCCUGGAGGAACCCUAA